AUGGAACCCGCAAAAGCAGUGGAUCCCAUGACGGCCAUGACCCAGCAACUUAACCUCAUGACGCAGGCCUUCCAGGAGAUGCAAGCCAGUCAUGAGCACCUGCUGCAGAGGGUUGCCACACAGGAGCAACGCAUCGCAGAGCGCACCGCGCUACCACCCUCACCUCCCCCUACGCCGGCGCGCACCCUGGAAGUGGUCUCUAGCGAGCCGUCAGUCAGCCUCCCUGAACGGUUUUCAGGCGAUCGGAGGAAGUACCGCUCCUUCAUCAUUUCCUGCGAGCUGUUGUAUUCCCUGAAGCCUCGUACAUAUGCCACGGACUUCGUCAAGGUACGCACGGCAAUUUCCUUGCUCUCAGGGCCUCCCCAGACCUGGGCGCACCAACUCCUACUAGCCGAUGACCCAGUGCUGGCAACUUGGAAGUCCUUUGCCGCAGCUAUGCAAAGACUUUAUGAUGACCCCCUGCGUUCUUCAACCGCCAGGGGUACCUUUGCCACCCUCCGCCAGGGCAGACGUCCAGUGGAGGAUUACAUCAUGGAAUUUCGUGAGGUAGCCCCGGAUACAGGCUUGAACGAGGUGGCCUUGAUUGACCAGUUCCGCAUCAGUUUGUCCGAGCAGCUCAAGGAUGAGCUCGCCCGCAUUGGGAUGUCGGGCUCCUUGGGGGGCCUGAUGGACUCAGUAACCCACCUGGAUCGCCGCUUCCGGGAAAGACGAUAG